CCUGUGACGUCAGACUACAAACGCCAUAUUGAGGUGCGCAUCGCAAGUUCACAAACAAUACCCUUCCUUUUUUUUCUUGAUUUUCAUUUCUUCUCAGGACCCAAAGAAGGCUUACAACUGACAAGGUGCCAAGAGGGUGUCAAAAAUGGCACAGAGUCCAGCGGGAGGUGCUGUAAAGGCUUUGCAGCUGGAACUAAAAAAGAUUCAAGCCGAGCCUGUUGAGGGGUUUCAAGUCAAGUUGAUCAAUGACGACAAUAUUUUUGAGUGGGAAGUCGCAAUAUUUGGACCUCCAGGCACGCUUUAUGAGGGUGGAUAUUUCAAGGCACACAUGAAGUUCCCAGCUGACUAUCCUUACUCUCCACCCAGUGUUCGCUUUAUCACAAAAAUGUGGCAUCCUAACGUUUAUGAGAAUGGUGAGGUUUGCAUUUCCAUCUUGCAUCCUCCUGUUGACGACCCUCAGAGUGGAGAGCUACCAUCAGAACGGUGGAAUCCCACACAAACUGUGAGGACAAUACUUCUGAGUAUUAUCUCUCUUCUAAAUGAGCCCAACACAUUUUCACCAGCUAAUGUUGAUGCAUCUGUCAUGUUUCGCAAGUGGAAAGACUCCAAAGGCAAAGAAAAGGAAUACGAAAAUAUUAUCCGAAAGCAAGUGCAGGCAACCAAGGAGGAAGCAGAAAGAGACGGAGUAAAAGUGCCCAUGACACUUCAAGAGUACUGUGUCAGCAGUCGCCCUCCACAGGACAAUCAGGUGGAUGCUGACUUCUAUGAUGAUGAUGACUAUGUAGAUGAUGUGGAAGAUGAAGAAAUGUAUCAAGAUGAGGAUGACAUGGAUUCAGGCAAUGAGGAAUGCUGAUGAUAUUCCAGUUUGGUUUAUUCAAGCAGAGUGGACAAGUUUCUUAAACAACCAUUGUGCAUGUCUGGGCCAUUUUAUUCCACAUAAACAAUUCCAAAGGAUGGGAAUGGAAAGUGGUGUGUAUGCUCACACCCGAAGUGCAGCAUUCAAGAUGAUUGGGAUUCUUUCUACAGCAAGUCACUUUGGAUGAAAUGAUGAGAGCUGGCUCCAGCUGCCUGGCUCAUCUUGUCAGAGGGAGGUCAUUCAUAUCGCCGUGCAUUUCUGGUUAAGGAAGAUACAUUUCAUUUUAAACAGACAAAAAUGCUUCACUGCUUGAAGAUCUUUUUUCUUCUAAUAGCUUUUAAUUUUUGCACAGUGAUGAUUUUCUGUCUUGAUUCUGUAAAACAUAAUGCAGCUUUAGUAAGUUGAUUUUUAAAAUAAAAAUUGAGUCUAUUAUCUCUAGAAAAAUAAUUUCAACAGCAUUGGGUAUGUUGAAGUGUUUGUAAUGUAGAUAAAUUAGCAUUGGGUUUUAGUAAGUGCUUAAAAAUAAACACAGGGGACACUAUUAAUAGUCCUGAAAUGACUAUGUCCCUUGUGCUAGUGUGAAGUAUGAAUUGUUUGGUUUGCAAGUUGAUUGGUAAGAGUGAAUGGGGUCAGUGUUUUAAAUCAGUUUUGAAAUUUGUUUUGACAUCCAAUAGAAUGACUAAAUCUGUCUUGCUGUGUUUGUUGUUGGUCUUUGUGCAUUAAACUUGUUUGUUCAUCAAUUCCUUGCUGGCCCAUAGAGUGGAUGCUUCCUGCAUUGCAGAUGGAGUGAUGCUUAUUAACAUUAACUGCUACCUUGAUGUACACAAAAUUCAUUCUUUCUGACAAAAAUCAUAAGUAAACAACAGAGGGGAGCAAAACUAAGUUUGAAAAAUACAAAAAAGUUUCCUUCCUGCAUCCCUCUUUAUACAUCACUUUCUGGUAAAUCCAAACAAAUUCCUUAUAUCUACUUUAUCUAUCUUGUAAACAGUUAUACAAACCAAAAGAUAAUCUAAAUGUGGUGAUGGAAAUUCCUUGAGGACUGAUCUUUGCACUAGUUAAUGUAAAAAUUGCCAUCUGCAGAGUAAGAAAUAUCUUCUGCAACAAUUCAUUUUGUGGUUAUUUAGCAGUGUUGCAUCUGGACCAUGUCAGCUCGUCCACCUUGAUCUUUAUCCACCCUUUAUGCUUAGUUAAGGAAUUUGCAGAGCUAAUAUGGAGUUCUAUCCCAUUAUGGAUUGUUUUUGUGUAAAGAUUGAUUUAAGUCACCAUAUUUGGAUACAUGCUACAGCAAGUCGACAUAAGAAGGUUUACAGUAUAUUUCCAGAGUUGAAAUUUUAACUUGGAGUUUUAGAAACUUUUCCCAUGUAUGCAGUAAUGAAAAGGACUUCAGUAAAAAUUUGUCUGUAAAAGUCAUUCUAUAACAUCACUGGGCACAAGCAGAUUGUGUGGCCACCAUUAUGUGGUGAUGAUUUCAUUUAAUAUCACCAAGGAUCACUUGCCAAAUAAUGUUGAAGGUGGGGUAAAUUUAAGGAGUAUAUAAGGUAUCUUCACUGUCAUUCCACCCAAUGUAGUUUAUAAUAUAUAAUACAUUGAUAAUGGCUUGUUACAACUUGCAGUGAUGACUGCAGUAUCCUCUUUGAUUUCAGGGAUAUAGUAUGUGGUAAUAUUAUCAUGUUGCAGCCUUAUUCUCUGUUCCUGUCCUUUGGUCCGUGGGAUGUGUAGCAUGGUCUUCUCAGCUGCAUUAUUAUUUUCCUAUUUCUCAUUAUGCCUGCAUGAGAGUAUUAUCAUCCAUUUGCUUCAUCUUUUAAAAUCAGUAAUGUCUGCAUGAGUCAGUGGUUGAUCUGUUGUAGUUGUGUUCUAAGUUGGUAUCUGUUCAUCUCAUGCAUACCUGAUGUUGCCAACAAAUGUGACAUAAUAGCAUUUCCUCAUAUCAUUUAUACAUCAUGUGAUCUGAUUGUGUAGCAUUUGUUCACUUUGCGUGUUAUGUUGCCACAUGGCUGAUGUUUUGGGGUUUUUUUUCAUUCAACUUGUACAUUUUAUAAGAUAUUGUGUGUGGUCCACUUUCCCGUCAGAGCUGCCUGUUUUAUAGCUUGGAUAUAUUUGUUGUUAUUAUAAUGGGAAGGUUGGGUUUUGAGUGGUUGUGGACAGAAAGUUGAGCUUUUUAAAGUAUAUUCAACAAACCACCCAUCCCCCACCAACAAUUUUUAUAUUAAAACUUUUUGUUAAUAAUAA